AUUAGAGUGAACGCUCAUCUAAGCUGUCAUGGCGGCGGGAGAUGUGCUCAGCCCGUCGAGAAAACUGCGCGGUACUAGAGAUGAGCGUCUUGUAUUAUACAGAAUCGCUACAAAACAGACACAUCCAUCAACUAGGACAGCAACAGGGACAAUGCAUUCAUCACCAGUUAGCAAUCUAACGGCUUUUCGCCUUGAAAACUACAAACACGAGCAAAAAAUGGACCUCCUGGAGAAGGAAAAGAAACAAUGCAUACACCGAUUUAAAGAGGAUAAGCACAUUUUUAAAAUGUCAGUUAAACUCCCGAAGGAAGUUGGGGAUGAUCGCUCCAUGGAGAAAUACGGAGGGAAGUUCAAAGCUAAUGGGGAUUACAGAGACAGUAGUGGAAGCUCAAGAACUAAUCCUGAUACAAGCAAACAAAAUGUGAUAAAGCAUCAGUGCACUCAUCGUACAAAAAGCCCGGUCCCAAAAACAGUAAAAUGCAAAACUGUAGCAGAUUUGAUAGCAUUGAUGAGAAACCAAACGCCCAAUGAAACAAGUGGUGAACAGACACCAUCGUCUGGUCGCACAUCAAGGACUGACACCUCAAACCGCAACGAGAAUCUACGCUUAUUAUUAGAGAACUACGAAGUGUUUGUGCCAAGUAGAGACGACUGGUUUGGAGACGAUGAGGAAGAAGAACAAAUUGAAACUGGAUCCAAACUUGACGAGCAAAAAAGACCUCAUUCCGAGGACCCAUCUUGGUCCCUGCAUAAAAUAGAUGACAUUGACAAGCAGUGCAAUUUUGCACGUUCUAAAUCUGCACAGACAACAGACGAAAGAUUAAAGUUGCCAAUUGGUUCAAAAAGUGAGAUCAAAUUCCGUGUCCACAGCCCAAAAUGUUCACCAAAGAAAGCCAACACUUCUCGACAACGAGAACUACUUCGUCCGACAGUUCGACAAGUUGUUACAGAGUAUGUUAGCAGCGGCAGAAGGCCAAGAGAAUAUUUUUGGAAUUCUCCUUCAAAACGAUUGAAUAGUGAUUCAGAUUCACCUCAGGACGAGCAUGAAAUAACUGCGGGUGGUGGGAAACUCUACGAUCGGGAGACGCCUCAUUGUGAAUCUAACAGUAGACASAGGGUAAGCUUUGCAUCGAUGGUCGACAACUGCCAUGUUGAUGAAUACCUGAUGAUCUACAAGGACAAAACCGUUCYUUUGACUCCACCGCGUGAGGAAAUUGAUGGAAAUAAAAAGUGGAAACUGAAYGAGAAUAAAAGGGAAAUAAAGGGGAUAGAACAACGUGGAAAUAAGAAGUGGAAAGUGAAUGGAAAUAAUCAGAAAAAAGAUGCAGAUGAAGAAUUCCCUUCAAGCAAACUAAAAAAUCAUUUGAAAUACUUAAUUCAAGAAAAAUCAAUCAAUCGUUGCCAGAAACAAGAAAGACUCGAGGAAGAACUGCCUAUAAAAGUUUUCAAUCCGGAAUUUCCCGUAGACUAYAGAAAACUUAGACGGAUUCUACAAAAGAACACAACCCAGACUAGCGCAGCCACGCACGUACGCGCGUCGUCCCGCGCAGCACACGUUUCUAGUCGUUAUCCCGACCGUUCAACCAUACUCAAUGAGUUAGAUUUCAAAUACACCGGGUUAAAACAAAACUGYCGUCAGCCAACGCCAGAGCAGUUAGCAUCUGAAUGCGAAAAAGUGACUCCAAGCAGUACAAAGAUGAUGGUGUUUGGAAAAGGCCUUCAGCGAGUCGAUGAAAAGGACCAACAAGCAAACGAAACUCGACAAAAAAUGGAUGAAUUCUUUGCACGUUUACAGUCAACUACAAGCCAACCAAGCACAGUGAACAUCCCUAAAAAUAGACCUAACUCAGCUGUACUUGCUACCGUGGAAACACAAGACAUCAAACAUGAAGAACACCAGAAUGAUUACAAGAGGGCUGCUCCAUGGCCUGUGCAAAUCUGGUGUUGAUUACCCCUCUCCCCUUGUGCAGUACCUAAAAUGCCCCACAGAUCCCCCCCACAGGACUUACUGCUGGCAGUAAGCUGAUUAGUAAUCCUAUGUACAAAUCAAAUAAAUAAUGUUUCUUUAA